CCGGCUAAUGAUGAUGUUCCGUCUGUUAAAGAGACAAUGAAGCUACAUCAGAUUGUUGUUAAGCAGAAAGGAGUUGUGUCAUCUCGAGUUUUGAGUUGUUUCUGUUCAGAGAAUUGCGAAUGUUUUAAUCUGAAAUCUACGACACUUCUGUCACAGGGGACACCAAAUUCAUCUGCUGAAGUGGAAUGUGCUAGCACCACUGUGUCUGUACGAACGAAUAUUUCGAGCUCAGUGCUUCAGAAAAUUCUUAAUGUUGAAGAAUCAUUGAUUGGACUGUACUGUGUAGUAGAAUAUGAGAACAUGCCAUAUCCAGGAUUGAUUCUUGACGUUGAUGAAAAUGAUUUAGAGGUUAAAGUGAUGCACAGAAUUGGUGUAAAUAGAUUUUUUUGGCCGUUAUUGGAGGACAGGAUAUGGUACCAUAAACAGAAAGUGGUAACUUUACUCAAGGAAGAACCACAGAAGGUCACAAACAGGCACCGUGAACUUCCGUCAAUAAUUUGGAAGUGCAUCGUGUCAGAAAUGAAUUUAGAUUCUUAAG